UAUCAAAAAAAAUAGAAAAAAAAAAAAAAAUGAGUCACGAAGAAGAUAAUAUUCCCGAUUACGAUUCUGAUGAUGAACCAAACAAAGUACACUAACCCAAAAACGAUUAAAUGGUAGCCAAUCAUUCAUCAUUUAAUGAUUUUAAUUUAAAAGAAGAUCUAUUAAGAAGUGUUAAAGAAGCCGGUUUCGAAAGACCAUCUGAAGUCUAAUACAAUUGUAUCCCUAAUGCUAUUCAUGGAACAGAUAUUUUAUGUUAAGCCAAAGCCGGAACAGGAAAAACAGCUGUUUUCGUGUUAUCAGUUUUAAACUAAUUAGCUGAGGAUACACCACCUUAUAGUUGUUUAGUAUUAUGUCAUACCCGUGAAUUAGCUUUUUAAAUCAAAAACGAGUUCAAACGCUUAGGAAAAUACACAAAUUUCAAAACCAGAGCUAUAUUUGGAGGAGUUGAAGAGCAAGACGAUAUUGCUAUUUUAAAAUAGAAAAAACCACAUAUUUUAGUUGCUACCCCGGGUAGAUGUUUAUCUUUGAUAAAUAUGAAAAAUUCAGUCAUAGAAGCUAAAAAUGUCAAAUAUUUUGUGGUUGACGAAUGUGAUAGAGUUAUGGAAAGUAUUAAAAUGAGGUCGGAUGUAUAAGAAAUAUUCAUGAAAUUACCUCUUUAAAAAUAAGUAAUGAUGUUUAGUGGUACUAUGUCAACUGAAAGUAAAAAAAUAUGUAGAAAAUUCAUGAAAGAUUAAUUGGAAAUAUUUAUAGAAGACAAUGCAAAACUAGUUCUUCAUGGUUUAGAAUAAUAUCAUUUGAAACUAGAAGAAAAAUAAAAAAUUCCUAUUUUAAUUUAGUUUUUGAAUUAACUUUCUUUUAAUUAAGUUAUUAUUUUUGUUAACAAAGUCGAAAGAGCUAUUUAUCUAUCUAAAUAUUUAUAAGAAGAAAAAAAACUUGAAAAUUCAGUUAUUUAUAGAACAUUAUCUUAAGAUUAAAGAACAAAAGUUUAUUCAGAAUUUAAAGAAGGAAAAAAAGAAUUUUAGUUGCAACUGAUUUAUUCGGAAGAGGUAUUGAUAUUGAAAGAGUUAACUUAGUUAUUAAUUUUGAUAUGCCUGAAAAAUAAGAUGAUUAUAUGCAUAGAGUUGGAAGAGCAGGUCGUUUUGAAACAAAAGGAACUGCUAUUUCUUUCAUUUCUACUAAAGAUAAUGAAUAGGUUUUGAAAGAUAUUUAAUAAAAUUUCUCAACUUCUAUUAGUGAAUAUAAUUUGUCAAACAUAUCAAAUUGAUUUUAUGAAAUAAAAUAAAAUAAAAGUUUUUAGAUAUUUAUGUUUUUAUUAUUUUUUUUUCAUAAAAAAUAUUAAUAUUAUUAAUAUGUAAUUUUAUAUUUUCUUUGUUAUUUUUUAUCUUUAAUUUUUAAAUACC